AUGCGGAAGUGGGAUGCGUUGGCCGUGGCCGUGCAACACGAUGUCGACGCCGAGGAGGUUUUCAAAGGUUGCGAUUGGAUUUUUAUGGUUUUAUUGGAGUCUUUUAGAAGUAGAAUUUCUCGAAAAGCAAAAACUUUUCGAAGCCGAUGAGAUUGUGGUUGCGAAUGACGCUUGUGAAGACGUCGGAUCGGCUGGAAGUGCGCUGAAUGCUUUCCUUUUGACGGUCCGUAUUUUUUUAAAAGUUGUCAGGAUAUAAAAAAGAAUCCGCUCUGACUGGUUUCAUGACCAAAAUGUCUUCUUUCUAAAGUAUGUCUUCAGUGUGUGCGGACUUAAAGAAAAAUCGUUUUUGCUUUGAAUAUCCAUUUCACAGACCGAGCGACUUUGCGCAAAACGAGGCUUCACCGUACUAAGUGAAGAUGUGAUCAACAACUCGAAAAUUCUCAUUGUUCUAGUGGUCGGCGUCAUUCAUCGCAUUUCAACGAAUAUCUUUCCAGGGACCUCGUACCAAAGAUAUGCUCAGAUCGCACGGCAAAGCUUUCGAGGUAGAAACGAAGGAGACUCCGCCCAUCGAAACUGACGUCGGCUUCGUUCCGGACACGCCUCUAGUAAGCGCGAUCCGCGACGCAGGCCGCGUCGCUCAGGAAACUUCUGUGGGCGUUUUCCUCAUAGGUGAAGCCGUCUGAGAGAGAAAAAAACAUCACUGAAUCAUACAGGAACCGAGAACAAGUGGAACUUGGGCGAUAUUGCGCCAAAAGUGCCCUCAAACACUUCGAUAACCGCCUACUCGUUCAUUGCCGGUCCGGCUAUAGCUGAAUGUCAUGGCGUUUACCUCACCGAUGAUACAAUGGUCUAGAAAGAAUUUCAACUCGUUAAAAACUCCCAGAGCUUGUAGAAACUCAAAUCUUUGGAGUACUGCUGUGAGGAGCGUGCGACGAAAAGGGAGCAGCAUCAGAUCGCCCUCGCCUUUUUAUACUUACCUCCUUCGAUCGCCUGUGCUUUUUUGUCCCUUCAUUCGGGGUUUCCGAUGUCUUCCGCCACUUAUUAUGGAAUCGACAGCGGCGCUAUUGGACUGAAGGUUCUGAUAACUGGUUAA